AUGUUGUCAGUAUUUGGCGUCUAUUUGCGCCAAUGGAUUGAACACCAAGUCAAAACACGUAUCGUUCUCUACGUGUCAGAGGUCCUAGAGAAAAGCGCACUGUUCGCAUCGCUCCUCAUUCGCAAGGCGGUGGAGAAGGAAGUUCUGAACAAGGGCAAGCUGAAGAAAUUGAUUUUCGUAUUUGACGCAGGCAAUCAUUUUAGGUCUUAUGAGGCUGCGCACAAUACCAUGAUCUACAUCCCGCUCCAAUACAAACAACCCUGCGUUACCCGCUACCUGGUGGAAAAACAUGGAAAAGGACCGUGUGAUGCUCAAAUAUUUUCCCCCAUGAGGCGAUUUCUGAAACAAGCUUGCCUACGCCCUGCUUUUUUUGCGGAGAACGAACGGCAAGUAGUAGCUGCUUUAAAAGAACAGGCAGCCAAAGAACAAGCUGCUAAUCCUGAUGGUCCUGAAUGUGUGAUCGAGGUUCCUACCCUGCCUGCGCGAAGACCUGCCGCCAAAGUGAUCACUAUGCACAAUUGCCAGAUCAAUCGCAGCUAUUGCUUUGAAAGCCUGCUUUCCAAGUCUGCAGCCAACGGGGUGCAGAUCCGCAAUUGGAUUUUUUCGGAUUCUGGGAGCUUCGACAGAUUGAAUUUCUCUGUUGAGGAGAAAGCACCGGAAUUCGCAGAAUGGAAAAAAGGAUAUUUCCAGGACCCAUCCUGGCAGAAACCGCCAUUGGAAUUAGGUUGCGACAACGCAAUCACUAGAAAGUACCAAAGUCAAAAAGAUCGGCCAUCCACUCGUCCAGAUAUGAAGAAGAAACCAGCACGCACAGUGGCAAGCCUAUGUCUCAGAGACGAACGCCAAUUGGCCAGCCAUUUGGCAAAAAAGAAACGGAAAUACAAAGCAUGGCAGCCCGAUGACAGUGAUAUCAGCCUUUGA